AUGGACUUAGAAAAGGAUAAACAAAUCGACGAAACGAAACUUUAUAGACGAAGAUGGUACAUUUUGUUUUUGUUUUCACUGCUUGCCUUUACCCAGGGAGCUUACUGGAACACGUGGGGGCCUAUCGCGGAAUCCAGCGAGGACGCACUCACAUGGGCGGACAGUGACAUCGCUUUGUUUGAAAACUGGGGACCCAUUGGGUACCUUGUGGCCGGAUUUUUCGCAGCUUGGUUUGCCGACGUGAAAGGAUUACGAUUUUCCUGUGUAAUAUCGGCGUUCCUCGUAGCUGCUGGGGCGGGGGUUCGAUGUAUUACAAUCGAACACCCGUAUGUGACAUGGACUGUUAACAUAGGUCAGGCGCUGAAUGGAUUUGCUGGUCCUAUUGCUAUGGGUGCCCCGCCUCUUGUUUCCACGGUUUGGUUUCCGGUACGUGAACGAACGACGGCUACCAGUAUUGGAUCAGGGUUUAAUCUGCUCGGAAUUGCCAUUUCAUUCAUCAUAGGACCACGUAUUGUAAAAACUUCUCCAUCAACAUUUGAAGUAGAAAAUAAAAGUAAUCAGACUGUGAACCUCAAUGACACCCCAGUCGAGAGUUUCAUCCAGGGGCGGAUCCAAAAAGAAAAGGAUGAGAUUAUGCUUUUAAUGUAUGUCGAGUGUGCCUGGGCGGUCCUGUUAUUCCUUGCUAUGAUAAUUUAUUUUCCGAACAAGCCACCACUGCCUCCAACAAAAACAGCUGCCAUUCCUCGAAUUGAGUUCAAAAAUGGACUAAAGAAGAUCGUUAGACUUCGUGAGUUUUGGAUCAUAGCAGCCAUAUACAGUGUGUCUAUGGGGGUCUUCAAUAUUUGGCAAGGUGUCCUGGAUGUCUACUUAAAACCACAUGGAUUCAGCCAGGACCAGGUGGCAUGGCUGGGAGCAUCUGCAAUAAUGGCCGGAUUUGUAUCUAGUGUUAUAAUCUGCAGAUUUGCUGACAUAUUUAGUCGACAUCUUCGAUUUUUCCUAGUUGGAAUGUAUCUAGUUGGAGGAGCAGCCUUCCUUUGGUUUAUUUUAUUGGUAGAAGAUAUAUUACCAGACUCAGAAGUAUCGCUGUACAUUUCCAUUAUUCUUGGCACCCUCUGUCUCCAGGCCUCCACCCCUCUGUACUUUGAGAUGGCUUGUGAAGUUUGUUAUCCUGUGGCCGAGGGACUAACCAAUGUCCUCCUCACUAUACUGGUCAACCUGGCCAGCUUUAUAUUCCUUCUCCUACACAUGAUUCCAAACAUAGGGUCGGCGUGGGAGAAUUGGUGUUUGUUAGCAGUUAUCGCCCUUUGUAUCCCGUUCAUGUACUUGUUUAAAGACAGUUACAACCGAUCUAAUAUCGACGAAGAUAUCGAGAAACUUUGA